AUGUCACUUCUUUCAUUUUUAUUUCUUCGCAUGCAUCUAUCUAUCUAUCUAUCUAUCUAUCUAUCUAUCUAUCUACGGGAACCGUUCAUUGUUGAAAAUAAUUCUUUUUUUUCUUCCUCCUAUCCAUUUUUUUUUUCGUAUUUUCUCUUUCUUCUGACUUCUGUUUUGCCUCUCUUUUUUCUAUUCUUUCACAAUUCUGUUCUUUCUCUAUUCUACCUUUUUAUAAUUUAUACUUGUUCUUUUCUUUAUCAAUUAUCCUUUUCUGUUCCUUCUCUCUUUCCUAUCUUUUUCUGUUCUCCGUCACUUAUAUUCUUCUUCUUCUUCUUCUUCUUCUUCUUCUUCUUCUUCUUCUUCUUCUUCUUCUUCUUCUUCUUCUCGCUUACUUUUUACAUUAUAUUUCUAUUCUGUUUCAGUCUCUCCUCUUCUUCAAUACUUUCUUCUUCUUCUUCUUCUUCUUCUUCUUCUUCUUCUUCCCUUUCUCUCUCUUUUUAUAUUGUUUUUCUCUCCUUCUUUUUCCUCUCUUCAUUUGUUCUCUCGUUACAUCUGGUCUUGCUCAUCUUCUGUUGCUUUUCUCUUCAUUUUUCAUUGUCGUCUGUCUUUUCUUCUUCUUCUUCUUCUUCUCUGUUAUUUCUCUAG